GUGUCCCAGACCCAGCCUGAGCGAGCAUGGCGGAGCAGGAGCCCACGGCCGAGCAGCUGGCGCAGAUCGCGGCAGAGAACGAGGAGGACGAGCACUCGGUCAACUACAAGCCACCCGCCCAGAAGAGCAUCCAGGAGAUCCAGGAGCUGGACAAGGACGACGAGAGCCUCCGCAAGUACAAGGAGGCCCUGCUGGGCCGCGUGGCCGUGUCUGCGGACCCCAACGUCCCCAACGUCGUGGUCACCCGCCUGACCCUGGUGUGCAGCACCGCGCCCGGCCCCCUGGAGCUGGACCUGACAGGUGACCUGGAGAGCUUCAAGAAGCAGUCCUUUGUGCUGAAGGAGGGUGUGGAGUAUCGGAUAAAGAUCUCUUUCCGGGUGAACCGAGAGAUCGUGUCUGGCAUGAAGUACAUCCAACACACGUACCGGAAAGGCGUCAAGAUUGACAAGACUGACUACAUGGUGGGCAGCUACGGGCCCCGGGCAGAGGAGUACGAGUUCCUGACCCCCAUGGAGGAGGCGCCCAAGGGCAUGCUGGCUCGAGGCAGCUACAACAUCAAGUCCCGCUUCACAGAUGACGACAAAACUGACCACCUGUCCUGGGAGUGGAACCUCACCAUCAAAAAGGAGUGGAAGGACUGAACCUGACCCGGGAGGCGGGCAGGGAGGACGGGCGGAGGGAUGUACAUGCCCCACCCCCACCCCACCCCAGCCCCAAACCAAAGUGCUGACAGGGCCCCUGCCCGUGCUGCCGUCAUUCCUCGUCUGCCUCCUGCCCACCCGCAGGCCCCCGCCUCCUGGAUAGUCUAGUGUCGUUGCUGCUUCCGCCUGUGCUGUGGGUGGGGAGCUGCGGCUCAGGCCUCCCUCCCCCUCCGAUCCCUCCAGGGUCCCCCACCUGUCCUCACCAACCGGAGGCCCUGGCUUUCCCAAGGGAGUGGGGAGCUCAGGCCCCGCUGGGCCUUUUUAGUUCUGUCUCCCCCUCCAGGGUCGGGGGUGGGGUGGGGUGCACGAUGCAGGGCCUUGUAGGGGCCGGUCAUCCUCCAGCUUUCACUCCUCCCUGGUCAGUUCAUCCAUCGCUGUCUGUAGCCGUCUAACCAUGAUGCCUUAACAUGUGGAACGUGUGCUGUGGGGCCGUCACUAACCUCUAACCCUGUGUCUGCAUGAGCAUGUGGUCUCCUUCGUCCCCGCCGCCCCAUCCGCAGUCCUGUGGCCGGAGAGGUGUGGGACAUGCUGCUGCUCCUGGCCUGCCAGGGCCUGGCCAGCCUCCCCUCCCCUCCCCCAGCCAGGGCUAUGGGGACAGCUCCCAGGGCUUGGGGAAAGCCAAAUUGCCAAAACUCAAGUCCCCUCCUGUCCCAUCUGAGAGGCUGGUGUCCUUACACCUCUGUCUUCUCUGACCCAGUGGGCAGCACCCAGACCUGGAGCCCAUGGCCCCAAUAGAGAGCCCUUGGACAAAGCCAGUGGCCGAGCCUUACUUGUCCCACCUGGGCCUGCCAGCCUGGGGUGACAUGCCUGGCCUGUCAGUAUUUAUUGUCUCCAUAUGUGCCGUCCACUGGGCCCGCAGGCCUGCCACCUCUGCCCCCAGGCUCCAUGCCACCAUCCCCCAGCAGGCCCUCCCCGGACUCAGCCAGGACAACUGUGGGACCAAGUGUGCACAGUCGGAGCUGUCCCUGUGCCUCCUCUCCCUCUUCUCCUAGGUCAGGCCCCGGCUGGAAUGCACAGGAACCUGUCCCUGCUUCUCCUCUUCUGACUGGGAAAUAAACUCCCCCCUAAGAAACCA